AUGACGACACGAACCGCCCCACAGGCGGCGGCGGCGGCGGCGGUGGCAGCAGCAGCAGCGCCGCGUCAUCCACCGGCGAACACAGAUUUGAUUUAUCACCAAACAAUCAUCCCAACGCAGAAAAUUACACACUGCGUUGUUGGCACCUUUACCCUUCCUGGUGCCACGGACUUUGUGGUGGUACGACAUGACACCCUUGAGCUUUGGACGCUGCAUGUGGACCGCAAUGUGGCGGAGUGUAUCCACAGCACACGCCUCUUUGCGAAUAUUUAUCAAAUUGCCACGGUGCCAACCAUCGCUGCCGCCGGGCGUUCUUCUGCGGGUCACGGCGGGAGCGGCUCCGCUGGCAUUCUUGACACGCCGUCCAGUGACAGUGUGGCGAUGCAGCGACUCGCCGUGACAUCCGAAACGGGGUGUCUCGUGUUGCUGCGUUACGAUCUCGACGAGAUCCCCGUGCCGGCGCGACUCGCGCAAGACCCAACCAGCAGCAAUCCAAAGCAGGACGACAACGACGAGGAUGAAGCAACAAGAAUGCGAAACACGUCGAUGAUAACAUCUCUGCGUGGGAAGUUUGUUCGUGUGAGUGAGGUGGUUCUUGGCCGCAGUGGGGCGCGGUUGACGGUACCGAGUGCACGCCUUGCUGUGGACCCGCUGGGGAGGGCCGUGUUUGUUUCAGCGUUGAUGCGGUUAAAAGUACUCGUACCGCUUCGCAAGCAUGAGGAAUACUACGCCCAACGCGGUCGCAGAGGGAGUGGCGGUUCACUUCAGGAAGGGGCAGAGGAGGAGCUGCUCAUGUUGCCGCCACGUGGUGCAGAAGCGGGGCCUGAGGGUGCCGUCAUGUCCACAAAACGACGGCCUGCUAUACGGGACCUUAUGUCUUUUGGCUCCCCGGUUGAGGCACAUCGCCAGACAAUCAUUUUCUUUAUGUGUGCCUUGGAUGGUGCGACGGAAAAUGCCACGUUUGCAACACUUGAGCAGGAAAUACCUGAGGCGGAAACAUUGCCGUCCUCCGCAGAUGGUUCUGGAAAUGCGGCGGCCACUUCGAAUGUGGGAGCUGGUCAGGCAUUCUUGCGUGUCAAUUCCAGCACGAGGCAGACUUCCCAUGGGAAGAGCGGCAGCAGCAGUAGUCGAUCGAAGCAACUGGUGGUAUAUGCCUUCCUGGCUGGCCUGCAGCAGGUGCAGCGUACACAUCUCGUCUCCGUCCCUGCGACGGCGCACCGUCUCAUUGCGGUUCCCGCCGCCCCAUUUGGCCCCGGUGGGGUCAUUGUCUGCACGGACGCAGAACUCAUAUGGUACGAUUUACUACCUCAGCUCCAUGGCGGCGGUAUCCUUGGCAACAGCAUGUCCAGUUCCGCCCCGCCUCUGCAAACACCGUUGUUGUCUUCCGGCCUCUCCUCCGUUUCGCUUUUCAAAACGGCCGUGCCUUUUCCACGACGUAAUGACUUCCGUGAACAGCUGUAUGACCCAAUGAUUAUUUCCCACGCCAUGACGUGUGUGCGGAAUGAUUUCUUUAUGUUGCUGCAGGAUGACCAGGGUGAUGUUUUCCGCAUUAGUCUUACAAUUAUGGAUGUGCAGCGCUCCUAUGAUGCGCUGCGGAUGCAGCAGCAGCAGCGACGUAUCGGUCCUCCCACGGGUUCGGUCCCACCUGUCUCCGUACCAUCUCCACUGACCGUGACUUACUUUGAUACAAUACCACCGACGACGGUCAUGGUGCUCUUCCGUCGUGGCUUUGUUUUUGCUGCGAGUGAGUCCUCCCCGACGCAUGGGCUGUACAAGAUUGUGAAGGAUGGCUACCGCUCAGAUGAGGAGUACAUCCUAUCAAGGAUGCGGAUGGUCGACCAACGGCAUGACAGCCGCCGUCACGAGGAUGGGUAUGAUGAGGAGACAAAAGGCAUCAUCCUGCCAACUCCUCUGAAUUCGAAUCUUCCUUCCAAUCCUUCCGCUGCGGCGGUGACGGAGGAAGAGGAGGAAGAAGGGACGGGUGUCCCACGCGGAGGGAUGAUGCUGCCGCCCUCAUUGCCCAAAGCGGGGGGGGCCGCAGUACUUCUCCCACCACCAUCGUCACUGCCGAAGACGCCACAACAACAAAAAGGCCGUGUUGUUCCACUUUUUAUUCCGCAUCCGUCACUGCGGCACAUGGUACUGCUUGAAACGUACCCGAGCACACCCGCGAUUACAUCCUUCCUUGUGACGAUUCCACAAGGCGAGCAGGAUGUUGAAAUUCAUCAAGAACGACAACAACAACAACAACAACAACAACAACAACAACAACAACAACCUCAUGUUCAGAUUGACGCAUUGGUGGGACGCGGCUCCGAUAGUGUGUUGUUCCAUGCUCGCUAUGGGUAUGCAGCGAGGCUGGAAAGCUCCUUUACGUUACCGGCAGUGUUCUUCCAUCUGAUCCCGUUGAUCUCGGCAACGGCGAUGCAGCAGCGGUGGCGUGAAAUGCAGAUGGAGACAAAAAAGACAAAGAACGGUGGAAGAUACCGAUCCACUGCCAAGAACUCCUCUCGCCUUGCGAGCAGUGAAUUAUGGGACGAUAAAUUACUUCUUUCAACACGGCAAGGCACCACCGUGCUUUCGCUCGCACUGACAGGACACGUUGAGCCCGAUACACUCUCGGGAUUUGUCACAUCUGAGCACACCAUUGCGGCAGGAACUCUGCACUACGGUGUGGGAUAUGUUCAAAUCACGCCGAGUUGUAUUGUCGUGCUUCCGUAUCGUACGGAACAGCAACAGGGCGCUAUGGGAACGAGGCCCAUGGCGGAGAGUGCCACGUGGAUGCAUCCCCAUGGCAAGCGUAUUCUUGCCGCUGCGGUUUCUGGAAACACCAUCGUGGUUUCUUUUGCCCAAGGAGGCGGUAUUUCCAGCUUUGACAUGGGAAUAAGUGGGACACGACUACAACAACUGGAGGCAAUUCCGUCCUUUCCUCAUGCCCCCGCCAUAUCACUUCUACGAGAUCCAGAUGUUGAAUCCAAACAGUUUAACGCUUCGUUGCAUCCUUCUUUAGCAACAUCUUCGGUGGCGAUGUUAGCGGCCAUUGCCACCGCAAGUCAUGAGGUGUACAUUGUGAAUCCCAAAAAGUUGCGGGAACCAUUGGAAACCAUUCACUGCACCGCGGAUGAUAAUAACGGCGGCAUUCCACCAGCGAUUGUAUCGGUUCUUUUAACAUAUCUUGGAAGAACCGGUGGGGUACGACGUCUCUUCUGUUUUAUUGGCCACAUUGAUGGGACGGUGACACGCUGUGAGUUGGAUGCGGCAACAUAUGGAGUAAUGGACCGGGCCGUGUUAACGUGCGGUAGUGCGCCAUGCCAGAUGAUUGCUGGCGAUGGUGAACGUGCAUGCUAUGUAUUGUGUGGGGAAUUUAACUGGCGUUGUGAUGUCCGUGAUGGCUUGCCCAAGACCGUGCCUUGGCGCUUCCCAUCGCCGCAAGUGAUGUACGCGUCAUUCCGUCGGCCACCUACUUUCAAUGCGAGUUCGACGGGGUCAGCCACAACGGAGGUGGAGAUGCCAACGGGGGCGCGGGAAGAGUUGGUACUUGGCGUCGCGGGCAAUACAUUGUCCCUUUUUGCCGCGCAGCAGAGUGGUGGAACGAGCACGGCAGAAACGUCGUUGGAGUACAGUUUUGGCCACACACCCCUUUCCGUGGCAGGGCGGCGGCUUCUUCAGCAUCCAACACGGGCGGAGUAUUUGAUUGUUAUCGGCACAGAACAUCGUGGAUACGGUGUUGCUGCGUUAAGACGGGCGUCUGCGGCGGCGGUGGCAGCGGCAGCGGAGCAACAGCGCCGCACUCAAAGUAACAACAUGUCGGACGCCGCGGAUGAUGCCAAGAACGAUACGAAUAACAAUAAGAAUAGUAAUAUGAAUUCUGCUAGCAGUGGAGUUGGGAUUGCACUGGACAAACCUCAGCGUUCGUUGAACCACCCGGAUCAUUACGUCAGCACGCUACAACUGUACAACAAGCGAACAGACCGACUAGAUCCGCCCUUGUACUUUCAAGAGCGUGAGGCUGUACUCUCCGCCGCAGUUGGGAGCUUUGUGAAGGACUUUGGGAAGGAGCCGGUGGUGGUGGCAGGCUGUGCGGAGCAAUACACGCAUGGAAGUGGCUGCGGUGUUGGCCCCUCAUGGACCCAAGGCCGCCUUCGCGCGUUUCGCUUUGUUGUGAGUCAACCAGCAGCAGCAGGAGGAGGAGGAAGCGGUACCGCCUCCACACUGCGCCUUGAGCAGCUACAUGACACACUUAUUGCCGCAGCAGAAACAAGCGCUGAAGGUUUGGCAGGAGGAACACUCGCUGCGUCGUACCGGGCGGCGCCACUCCUGGAUUAUCCCUCGGCGCUGCACAUUUGUCCAGAGGUAGGCCUCUUGUUUGUUGGCCUGGGGCCGGAGAACGGACUGCAGGUAUACGCGUGGGGGCAACGUCGCUUCUUGCGCAAGCGGCGGCUUCCAAAAGUGCCGAGUCGCAUCACCGCCAUCGAGACCGUCUUUGUUUCGCCACCCGGCGCUGCAUCCGCUACCACAGCCACGUAUGCGCCCGAUCUCUUUCGCUGUGGACCAAAUAGCGGGAACAUUGCGCGAGAAAAACGUCUUCUUAUCGUGUGUGGCACACUCGAUCAAUCGGUCUUUAUUGCGACGGUGCAGCCGGGCAGUGGCGCAGGCGGUUCGAUGUCUUUCCUGAUGCUCGUGGCACGCGAUGCCGUCCCCCGCAGCGUGACAAGUGUCGUGUGCCUCGAUGAACGCACCAUUGCCGUGGCAGACCGCUUUGGGAGCGUUGCUUUCUUGCGUCUACCGCAGAACGCACGACUUGGAUUUGCGGAGCCGCUGCAUCAAAUGAGUGACGCCGAGCUUCUGGAGGCUGAGCGUUAUGCAGCCCAUGAACAAGUCCUGCAGGAGAUUGCCGUGCACCACACCGGGCAACUUGUCACGGCAUUACGUGUCCAUGACUACGAUCCGAGUGGUGGCGCAGAUCCAUCGCUUGCGCUCCGUAUACUUUUUUACGCUACGUCCCUCGGCACCGUCGGUGCGUACACACCAUUUGUGCGAGAGGAGGACGCCGUAUUUGCGGCGCAUCUGCAGCCGCUCGUUGCCGCACACAUACGCUGCCCGCUGCAGGAAGGCAGUGGGCACCUCCCAUACAAUGCCGCUGGUCGCAUGACCGCCACAGCCGCGGCAGCCGUGUCUCCGACUCCCGUCCACAACGUGGUGGAGGGCGACCAGGCGCAACUCUUGUUGCAUGCAUCCACAUCUCUCUUUUCGACCGAAUCAAAGACUGAAGUGGAGGCUGAGCUCGCACGACAGGAACGCGUCGAAGCGGCGCAGCGAAAAAUUCUUGGACUCCCGCCACGCACAUGGCCGGUACUUGCGGAGCUUGUCGCGAAGCACCGCGCCCUUGUCACCCUUCCGCCGUAA